AUGAUCCUCUUCCUUGCUCGGAUCUUCCUUUUGACCUCGUCAGCUCUCGCGGUGGAUUUUACAGUAACGAUCGAAAAUGACUUCACGAUUCCCUGCCCAAUCGCUCAACUGCCCUGCUCAGAAUCGGAAUGCGAGAAGAUCCAGAUUAUCGUCAAAAUCAACGAAAACAAAAUCUUCGAAAAGGAGAAAGCUGUCAGGGACAGGGCUCGACAACCUGUGUUUAAAUCUGAGAAUGGACAGAUUCUGUCCGAUUACGAGAUAAAUCCUAAGAGCGAGAAAUUCGAGUGGAACUGGGAAGCUGGCGGGUUGACCCUGAAAAAUACAAGUAUCAAAGAUAGCGGAAAAUUCACCUGCCAUAUCAAAGUUCGAAAAAACAUCAUUACCGACGACAGUACGGACUUCUCGACGUACACGACCCUGACCGUCCAGAAAAAGCCCCUUCUCAUCAAGGCAGAGCUGCACCAGAGCUACAUCGAAGCAACCGAAGACUCAGGGUUGAAGACGAUUGCCUCUUGUGUUUACGAUCCUGGAAAACCUGAAGCGAUAGUACGAUGGGUGAAUGGACUGAACGGAGCUGCACUACAGCAGAACUUUUUCAAAACCUCCAUUACCAGAUUGGAAAAUCAAUACACUCAAGAGCUGCAAAUGAUCCCCGACAAAAAGUUCAACAACGCGUACAUUAAGUGUUCCCUCUCUCAUCCCCUGUUGACGGACGAAAGCGAAUCGAUGAAGUUGAAUGUCACCUACAAACCCGCCAAGCCCAAUAUUGUCCAGAACGGGGAUCGCUUAUUCUGCGCUGCUGAGGGAAAUCCAAUGCCGACGAUUUCUUGGGAAGUUGAAUCCGAAGAUGACGAUGUAGUGACGACGAUUGCCGAGACAAAUGUCAAGAUUCGCUUUCUUGGAGCUCGAAACUUGAAUUAUACUUGCAAAGCCGCGAACUUUAUGGGAACUUCUGAGAGCACCAUUUCGAAUCUAUCGAUAGCAACUGUUGCUGAAAUCCGCGAGAAAUAUACAGUCUUUGCUGGUAUUAUCAUCGGAGCUGUCUCUCUUAUUUUCAUUAUCGGAAUCGUCGUUUGCCACUUUGCCUGGAAGUCGACGAAGGAAAAAGAUGAAAAUGAAUCUGGAUGGUCCGAGCCUUUGCAAAUCACAAUGACAGGCGGUCAUUCGCAUUCUGGCGCUGGUGAUACUGGCGACUUCAUCUACCGAGUUCCCGUUCCUCAAGAAAACAACUCCAAGCUCAUGGACUACUACACUGCCACUGACAGCGGAACCGACUCGCACUCGAUUGAGCCUGACGACUUUGAAUCCUCUUUUGUUCGAUCGGAGUCGAUUCUUCAGGGUCAACAACGCGAGAACGCGAGAGGUCAGCAUUUCCAACCGCGAUUCAAAUAUCACGAGGGCUAUCACAGCGAGCACGACCUGCUAAAUUCAUCCACCGAACAGCCCUCCCAAGUUGUCUAA